CAACACACAUCGGCUCUUUCUCUUUCUCCUUCUCUAUUCUUCUGACUGCAGAACUGAAACAAACCAUCUCCAGGAGCAGAGAGAUAACUCACCUGUCAACCUUAUCUUCCUUGGUUGGAUUACACAACUAAAGACCAUCAUGGCAUGCAAGGACACAUCAUCAAAAAUACAAGACACCAUUGCAAUAAGUACCCGUAUCGAUCAAGGACCUCCUGCAAGGUAUCAGCUGGUAACAAAGAAACAGUAUCUAGAUGAUGAAGACAUGCUCAGAAGAUGUACCUUUGGAGAGAGAGAUCCCAGUAAGCUCAACAAAACCAUUCUGAUAGUGGGAGAGACAGGGACAGGGAAGUCAUCUCUGAUCAAUGCCAUGGUCAAUUAUGUCCUGGGUGUAGAGUGGGAGGAUAAAGUCUGGUUUGAGAUCGUUGAAGAGGAAAAAAAAAGUCUGACUGAAAGUCAAACUACAGCGAUCACUGUUUAUGAGGUAUUUGGAUGUGAGGGCCUGAGAGUCCCCUAUUCUCUCACCUUCAUUGAUACUCCUGGGUACGGAGACACCAGAGGGAUCCAAGAAGACCAACAGAUCUCUGGAAAACUGUUUGAGUUGUUUAGGUCUACAGAUGGGAUUCAUGAACUUGAGGCUGUGGGUUUAGUGGUAAAGGCAUCUGAUAAUCGACUCAGUGACAGACAGAAGUACAUCUUCGAUGCAGUUUUGUCUUUAUUUGGCAAAGACAUGGAGAAGAACAUUGUAGCCCUCAUCACACACUCAGAUGGUGGGGAACCUACUAAUGCUCUGAAGGCCCUGGAAGUAGCAAAGGUCCCUGGUGCCAAAAAUGAGAAGAAUCAAUCUGUUUUCUUCCUAUUCAACAACCGUAAACUUAAGGCUAAUUGUGAAACAGAGAAACAGGCCAAGAAAGAAGAAACAAUCAUGAACACUGCAUUCGAAACAUCACAGGAGGGUAUGGAGGAAUUCACAGAGUUCCUGGGUAGAAUAACACCUCAAAACGUGAAGAUGACUGAAGGAGUUCUGAGAGAGCGCAAACAGCUAGAAGCAUGUGUCAGCAACUUGCAUUUACGGAUUGAAAUGAUUGAACUGAAGCAGAAUGAAAUCAAGCAGACUCAAGAAGCCCUGGAGAAACACAAGAUAGACAUGGACGAAAACAAGAACUUUUCAAUAACUGUUCCAACGUGUUACAAAGAGAAAGUCCCAAUAGAAUCAUCAUGGUGGCAUUUAACUAAACGGGCUACCACCUGCAGUGUCUGUGAGGAGAACUGCCACUAUCCAGACUGCUGGUUGGUCAAAGAUCUCUCAUGGUGCAGUGUGAUGAAGGAGUCCAAAUGCACUGUGUGUACUGGCAAAUGUCCCUCCUCCAAGCAUGUCAAAGAAAAUAAAAUAUAUGUUGGAACGACCAAGAAUGUUACAACGACAUAUGAGGAUUUGAAAAUAAAGUAUGAAAUCAAUGAGAAGGCGGCUGGGGAGAAAGGGAAUGUGCUCACCAGACUUCACAUGGAGUUGGAGCAUGUCACACUCCAGAAACCCAAACUGGUGGAGGAAUCCUACCAGUGUGUCAUCAAACUGGAAGAGAUCGCUUUGAAGGCCAUCUCACUGUCCGCUGCUGUGCAUCUUGACUUCCUGAUUGACAAGAUGAAGGAGACAGGAAAUACAGAGAAGGUUCAGAAACUGGAGGAGAUGAAGAAGAGAGCUGAGGAGGAACACAAGGGAACUUUAGAUUACUUUAAAGCUGGUAUGAGUAAAAGGUGGAAUCAUCUCUGGGGAAAGUUAAACUGAGACAUAGUAAAGCAAAGAAGAUGUGGAAAAACCACAUGAACAUUUAGAAAAGAAAUGCUGAAAAGAAAACAAAGAGCAGUGUUGUUAUUCAUGAUUUCUAUACUCAAGAAAUACUUGACAUGAGUAGUAGGUUAAGGCCCAGUUCUCUGUGACAUUUUAGAGACACACUUGCAUACACCCACGCACACACAUAUGAAGAAGUUCCACUUUCACACACACACGGAGAACAAAGAAUGAACAUUGAGAGAGAAUUGACAUGAAUUGAAGAAAAGAAGAACAAUUUGGACUGGAAUUUAUUAAGAUAAUAAUUAAAGGUUAAAUAUGUAAAAUGCUGAAAGUAUGGGGAAUCAUACAGUGGGGUAUAUUAAAGGGGGAUUAAAGGAAUGCAGUAAAAUGGUUAAUAAUGUGAUAAUGUUGUUUGCUUUAAGGUAUGAUGCAUAUAGACUAUGUUUGUUAAGCUUAGAGGAACAAGGCCUUAGGAGGAGGUUGACAAUGAAAGGUUAUAAUGUUGAGAUGUUGUAAUGAUGAAAUGUUUAAGUUGUUGGAUAUUUAAGAUCUAAUGGGAGUAAUAAGUUGAAUUGGAGUAAGAUUAUAAUUGAGUGAAGUAGGGAAUAAUAAUGUUAAAAUAUUAAUGUUUAGAAAUUAAUGGGUUAAAAGUUAAUGAUAAUGGAGUGUAUUAAGGGUGCUAGCUUGCAUUGGACAUUCCCUGGUCAGAGCGGAUAGGAGGAGACAUCCUGUCAAGGCGGGCAUCCUGUGUAAGCAAACAUCCUGCCUAGGUGGGGAAAGGAGAGAUGUCCGCAUUAGGUGUUAACCACUGAAUGCGUCAUGGGGGGUUAGCAAAAAGGAAGAUGGAGGGUAUAAAGGAGCCAUGAUUUUAAGGGGAGAACUCUCUUUGAGGUUGCUGGAAGAACCUGUCGACUGCUGGAAGAAGAUUUUUGCUGUAGCUUUUUAGCUUAAAAUAUAUUUUGAUUUUAUUAUACUCAUAUUUUGAUUUUUAUUAUACUCAGUUAAGGUAAAAUUCUAGGGGGAACCCUUAAGGCUAGCCCAUUGAUAGAAGUGUGUUACAGUAGUGUUUAGAUAUUGUGCUUGUCAUAAAAUUGUAAUAGACAACAAAUAUCUUAUUGGCACGCCCCAAUAAGGGUUUAGUUACGGGCGCUGAAGGGGUCUAUCAAUUUAAUUUACUGUUUAUGUGUGCCUAUCAUUGAUUGGUGAUAUUGAUUUGUGAUUGAUUUAAUGAUCUGAGAUUUUUUAUGCCUGUUUCUGGAAUUUUUGAAUAAACUUGCUGUAAACUAACUCAGUGGUAAGGUGGAGCGGCAUCUAUCAGAUAUGUAGGGAUUCAUGAGGACUGAUAACUGACCUGCCAUUGGGUAGGCAGGGGCAAGUUGAAUUGUUAAUCCUGCAGAGGUGGUUUGUUAGUUUUGACAUACUGUAUAUUUUAUGUUACCAGAUAAUAUGCUGUAUGAGACUAUAUACAGUUUAAGGAGGACCAUAUUUCUGUUUCUGUAAUGUUUUGUUUCUUAAUCUGAAAAUUGUUAAUACAUUAUCAUUGAGCUAUAUAUUUAUAUGUUAUUUAGCUGUCUACAAUAAUUAUAUAACUGCCUACAAUAAUAACAAACUUCUGUCAAUGUUUUUCAUAUACAUGUGUAACCUUCUUUGUAAAUUAAUCUUAGUCACUUAAAUGAACUUAAAUCUCGUUGUAUUAAAAGACCAAAAAGCUCA